CCGGGGAUGACGCAGUGAUGACAACACACAGUUCGGGAAAAGCAAAUAGUCAUUUUGGCCAGACAAAAGGAGAGGAAUAUCACACACGCGCCCUACGGUUGACCUUCGCGGCCACCCACUGGUCUGCGCGCGUGUCCCGUGCUGGACCGCCUUGCACGAGCUCGCCAAACGCGACGAAAAUAACCGUGGGGGCGGUAGCCCGUUAAAGCACCGGAGGGGCACGAGCGCUCAGAAUAAAGACAGACGGGUAACUUUCCGACUCCUCGCGAGAGGUACAAAAACAUUCGGCGCACGUACGAGCUGGUCGUGAGGCAACUAAAAGCUCAAGCGGCCAAAUUUUAACCAAAGCUGUGUGUGUUCCUUGUUAGCAGACGUCCUGAUGGCUGUGCGCUGCGCUGCGUGUGUGUGUGUGUGUGUGACGGUGCUGCUGGCGGUGAUGGGGGGUGUGUGUGAGCCCCAGGCUCCCCCUGCCGUGGCCGCCCCCUCGUACGGCGAGCGCGGCUCGGACCUGGGCCUGCAGGUGUUCCGUCAGGUGCUCCAGACGACCCCCCAGGGCAACGCGCUGCUCUCCCCCCACGGCGUGGCCUCCAUCCUGGGCAUGCUCCUGCCCGGCGCCACCGGCAACACCCGCAGCCAGAUCAUCAACGGCCUGCGCUACAAGAAGAACGGCCCGUAUAAGAUGCUGCGUAAGCUGCACAAGGCUCUAACUGGUCGGAGCAACGCUGAUGUGGUGGUCAUUGCCAACGGCCUCUUUCCCCAGCAUGGCUUCCACAUCAAAGCCGACUUCCUGUCUGCAAACAGGGAGAACUUCCUGUCGGAGAGCCACGCCCUGGACUUCAGCCAACCCCAGCAGGCCGCGGCCUCCAUCAACGACUGGGUCAACAACCGCACCAGGGGCCACAUCCCCAGCCUGGUGAGUGCGGACAUGUUGGACCCCAGCAUGACGCGGCUGGUGGUGGUGAGCUCCGUCUACUUUAAGGGGCUGUGGAAGUCCCGCUUCCUGCCCCAGAACACCAGGCCACGCCCCUUCACCCGCGCCGACGGAACCUCCACCAAGGUGCCCAUGAUGUCCCAGCUGUCCGUCUUCAACAUCGGGUUGAUGUCCACGCCGGAGGGGCUGAAGUAUAAGGUGAUUGAGCUGCCGUAUCAUGGCGACAGUCUGAGCAUGCUCAUUGCGCUCCCAGCUGAAGAGGACACACCCCUGGCAGCCAUCUUGCCACAUAUCUCCACGGCAACUGUGCAGAGCUGGACCAGUCAGAUGGCCCAGAGGAAGAUCCGCCUCCUUCUGCCCAAGUUCACAGUUGAGGCCGAGGUGGAUUUGGAGGCUCCUCUCUCUGCUCUGGGCAUUUCAGAUAUCUUCAGUGAGGCCAAGGCUGACUUCCGCCACCUGAGUGAGGAGCCUGUGUUUGUGUCCAAAGCUUUACAGAAAGCCAAGAUUGAGGUUAACGAGGAUGGAACCAAAGCUGCCGCAGCAACUACUGCGAUUCUGUUGGCCCGCUCCUCCCCGCCGUGGGUCAGUGUGGACAGACCAUUCCUGUUCUUCAUCCGCCACAACCCCACAGGGACUAUUCUCUUCACCGGCCAGAUCAACGAGCCUUGAGCCAGUGGAGGACCUUCACGCGCAGGCACACACACACACACACACACACACACACACCAAUGGCAUGACAAGAGUCCUUAUUUCACUGAGUCUGGAGUCUGGUAUAGACUCAGAUUUUGCUCUGACUUAAAUACAUGUGCAUUUGUGCUUCUUGACUUUUUCUGUCAUCUAAUAGCGCGCGCACACACACACACACACACACACACAUACAGGUAAUAUUGCACAAUUAGCUUUUUUUCUUUUUUUUUUUAUAAAGAUGUGCUGUUUCAUAGGACAUACCCAUGGUUCAUCACAGUGCCUGUCCAUUGGUGCACAGCCACCAUGUGUAGCCUAAUGUAUUUUAUAAGCUUUGAAAGCAGAAACCUAUAUCCCAUUAUCUAACGCCCAGCUAGAGGAGAGAGAUCUUUUGCUGGUGUAACUAACUUGUAGUGUUUGUUGUAUUGUUUUUAAUGCCUUAAGUUUUAUAUUCUGUCCUGUCUGUGUUUGUCAAUCAUUUUAUACACUUUGACGAAAAGGCCUUUAAUAUAACAUUGUUAGAUUUGCCUGACAUGUUCAAGAUGACUACACACUAGCCAGAUUGUACACGGUGUGAUAUUUAAUAAAGUAGGCUUUUUUUUUUGGA